AUGAAUACCCAAUGUGAAUACCAUGUGGGUAUACCAAGGCACUCGAUUGAGAACUACACUGCGUUUAAGAAGGUAGUGGAAAGAUUCAUUAAGAUGGGGAUCGUAAAGUUUGACAACCCAUCAGGACCAAACGUGGCAGGGAAUCCGUUACCCAAUCUUUCUGAUAAAGGGGUAAAUACAAUAAUUAAGAAUGAGGGAAGAAGAAUCAAAGAUGACAUUGCGGAGGUAAAUACCCCACUAAAAUGGGUUUGGAGACAAAUGAUAAAUGGAGGUCUAAUCAAGCAAGAAUCAAAGGAAAGGCCCGAAGGAAUAAAGAAAUAUUGCGAGUUCCACACCAAAGAGGACCAUGACAUUCAAAACUGCACUGAAUUCAGGGACAUGGAACAAAAUCUGAUGAACAACAAAGAGCUAGAAUUUUAUGAAGAGAUUAAAGGACUAGAAGAAGGAGAAGUUUAUGCCUCGGAGGAAGGACCUACAGAAAAAGCCCAAAAUUACCCGGUGGUGAUUAUUUUAAGGCCAAGAAACACAGGAUCUGGAAUAAAACUGGCGCCAAGGGUCAUAAUCCAAAAACCUGUAGCCUUUCAUUACCAGGAUAGCAAAAAGGUUCCUUGGAAUUAUGAUUGCAAUGUGACGAUUCCGGGAGAGGAGAACCUGAUAAAUGCUUUAGAGGAGGGUAAUGAUGUAGGUUUCUAUACACGUAGUGGAAAACGCUAUGACCCGGUAAAUAUAAAAGGGGAGCCUAUAAAAGGAAAAGCCUUGGUGGUUGAACAAGAUAAAACAAGGACGACCAGAAUUGAAUCGCAUGUUAACAAAUCGAUGACUGAAAAUGAGGCUACAGAAUUCUUAAAAUUAUUGAAGCAUAGCGAGUACAGCGUGGUGGAACAACUGCAUAAGCAACCGGCUCGCAUCUCAGUGCUCGAGUUACUUCUAAGUUCAGAGACACAUCGUAAUGCAUUGAUAAAAGUGCUAAAUAAGACUUAUGUUGCUAACGAUAUCUCAGUGAACAAGUUGGAUCACCUGGUCAACAAUAUAAAAGCCAACAACUUCAUCUUCUUCAACGAUGAUGAGAUCCCGCCAGGUGGUAUGGGAUCUACCAAGGCCUUGUACAUCACUACCUGUUGCAAGGGGCACAUACUACCGGGGUUACUCAUCGACAAUGGAUCAGCACUGAAUGUUUUACCCCUGUCGACGUUAAACAAACUGCCUGUGGAUAGUUCUCACAUGAAAUCAUGCCAAAAUAUAGUGAGAGCAUUUGAUGGUACUGAGAGGAAAGUGAUGGGAAGAAUCGAGAUACCUCUCUCGAUUGGUCCAAAUACAUACGAGGUGGAUUUUUUGGUAAUGGAUAUCAAACCAUCUUACAAUUGCCUAUUGGGGAGGCCUUGGAUCCAUUCUGCAGGGGCUGUACCAUCGACACUUCACCAAAAGUUGAAAUUGGUAAUAGAUGGCCGAUUAGUAACUAUAGGUGCAGAAGAAGACAUCAUUGCAUCAGUUACCAAUGACACGCCAUAUAUAGAGGCCAAUAGUUAA